AGGCCUGGAAGCAUAUUAUUCCACAGAAGACUCGGGCGUGACUUCUUCCAAUCAAAAUCUCGGUUCGGAUCGGUCGGUUUUUAAAUAAAAGCCACUGCGUUUUCAACACUACGCUUUCCCGUGAAUAAAACCAUGGCUCUCGCAAUGAAAUUACAUUUUUCACGAUGUUAGUAUCAUCAAACCCACCAAACACAGUUCUGAGUUCCUCUCCAUUUCCAGCAAGAAGGUCGCGGAUCAAGGUCAAAAUGAAGCCGAAUUAUACGAUUCCUGGUAGAGAGUUUCAGCCUUUUGAAGCCCUAAAUGGAAUUGGAGACCUGGCCCGAACUGGCCGCUUUGCGGCCUGGUUGUUAGAUCAAUUUGGUGUCCUUCAUGAUGGAAAACAGCCUUAUCCGGGAGUAAUUUCAACUUUAGAAAAAUUAGCAAUUUCCGGUGCCAAGAUGGUUAUCAUUAGCAAUUCUUCGAGGCGAGCGUCGAUAACCAUGGAGAAGAUGGAGAGUCUAGGAUUUGAUUCUUCUCUUUUUCUUGGUGCAAUAACAAGUGGUGAAUUGACCCAUCAAUACCUUCAAAGAAGAGAUGAUCCAUGGUUUGCUGCAUUAGGAAGAUCUUGUAUUCAUAUGACUUGGAACAAUCGUGGUGCUAUAUCUCUUGAGGGCUUGGGCUUGCAAGUUGUGGAAAAUAUUGAUGAUGCAAGUUUUAUUUUGGCGCAUGGCACUGAAGCUCUGGGCCGUAGCAAUGGUGACCCUCUUCCUAUGAGUCUUGAGGAUCUAGAACAAAUCUUGGAAGGUUGUGUCAAAAAGAACAUCCCUAUGAUUGUUGCAAAUCCAGAUUUUGUGACUGUGGAAGUGAGGGCUUUGCGUGUUAUGCCCGGUACGCUGGGUGCAAAGUAUAAAAAGCUUGGAGGCAAUGUGAAAUGGAUGGGAAAACCAGACAAGUUGAUAUAUGAAUCAGCAAUGCAGAUGGCAAAGGUGGAUGCCAGUGAUUGCAUUGCUAUUGGAGACUCUCUCCAUCAUGAUAUUAAGGGCGCAAAUUCAACGGGGAUUCAGUCUGCUCUCAUCACAGGUGGCAUUCAUGCUGAUGAACUUGGGUUGACUGAUUAUGGGGAGGCUACUGCUUCUACAGCCAUUGAAGCUCUUACCUCCAAAUACGGUGCCUACCCAUCUUAUGUUUUACCUGCCUUUAAAUGGUAGAAACUAGAAAGAGUAGGGUAGGGGGCUAACCUCAUCAUCGUUAAGAGAGGAUUAGAGACACAUAGGAUUUUGAUAAAAUGUAUGGGUUCUUCAUGACUGGUGUAUAUGGAGUGUAGUUAUUAACUUGAUUGAAAUUAGUGAAAAGUUGUGAAUCGACUGUGCCUAUGCCUAAGGGUGUGCGUGUGUGAAAGGCGGUGGCUACACUAUAUUUCCCUUAUAUGAUUUUGGGGGAUUAUAGUGGGGUGUGGGAGGAAUUGAACUUGAGAUGUAGCAUUGCUUGAUGUCAACGUUUUACCCCUUUGGCCCGA